CUCUUCCCUGUGUGCGGCCAAGCCAUUGUAGUGUUUUGAUGAAAUCUUGAGAGUUUGUACACAAGAAACUGUAAGUGCACUAGUAACUUUUGGUACUAUUUUGACUCAUUGGUCAGUUAGUGCAUGAACACAUUGUUUGAAUGUAUUAUUUCAGGUUGAGAAGCUUGUUAGGGAUGUUCAGGGACCAGCUUUAGCUCUUGUUCAUGACGUUUGAAGCAUUAUGGUAAUUUUCAAGAAUCUUUUGAAUCUGCCAAAACAAUUUCGGCCCCUGCAUCCAAGACCCUUUCGAAAGUGGGUAAAUCCACUUCUAAUGGUGUUUUGAAGCAUGGAAGCAAAGUAGCAUCUUCUAGAACUGUUGGUACGAAGGCUUUGAGGUCAGAAUCAAUUAUGUCCGUUCAAGAUAUAGCAGUUCAAUCGCAUGCUUUACUAAAUGUUAAAGAUUCCAAUAAGGUACAACUUAAGCAAGCAAUUUUUGAAUGUCUCUUACUUUUGAAUAUAUUGACAAGUACUCAUUUGGACUUUACUUAUCUGCAGGAGGAUAGGGAAAUAUUGGUAGUAAGGAGUAUUAAGUUUGAAGAUCCACGGAUAGAACAAAUUCAAGACCUUGAGAAUGAUUUGAUGAAGUACUUCAGAGAGGAUUUGCAUAGACGGCUUCUAAGCAUAGAUUUUAAGAAGCAAAUUGAUGGGCUUGAGAUGCUGCAAAAGGCACUCCCAUCGAUUGGCAAGGAAAUAGUUGAAGUUCUGGAUAUACUACUGAGGUGGUUUGUUUUACAAUUCUGUAAAUCAAACACAACAUGUGCUGGAAUUUCUUCAUGA